UUGUACGUUUUCGUGAGCACAUAUGGACAGGAACGAACAUGCUUGGCUGAAAUGCAUCAGAGUAAAAGUAUACAUUUCUUUAGGAAAUGUAGUGGAAGUGGAGUAAAAGCAGAAGUCUGCCGAAAUAUAAAGACUUGAGUUGUGUUAUUCAUAAUGGCCCCUUCAUCUUCCUGUUGUGGCGGUCCUAUCUCCCGGGUGUGCUCCAGGUCUUCGGUCCACACUUUGGCUCUGGGACUGGGAUUCAUCACAUUGGGAACUAGUCGCAUCCUAUUACUAAAAUUUUCAGCUAAUGAAGAAAACAAAUAUGACUUUCUUCCUGCAUCUGUGAAUUUAAUGGCAGAGGCCAUUAAAUUAGUACUUUGUUUAGUGAUGUCAGCACGGGUGGUCAUUCGAGAGGGCCGCUCAAGGACUGCCUUUGGAUCUUUUCUUAGUUACCUGAAAUGGUUUGUUCCUGCAUUCCUCUACUUCAUUGACAACCUUAUAAUCUUCUAUGUGAUGACCUACUUGCAACCUGCCAUGGCAGUAUUAUUUUCCAAUAUUGUCAUUUUUACAACAGCCAUUCUUUUCCGGGUUGUUUUAAAGAGGCAUCUGUCCUGGGUGCAGUGGGCAUCUUUGAUCAUCCUGUUCCUGUCUAUUGUCUCCUUAACUACUGGAAACAGUGAGCAACACACCAAUGCCGUACACAUCAUCCACCGGGCCCGCAUUUCAAGUCCCUCAAACAGCUGUCUGAAAUACACCCACCCUAAACCUCACAAUUCAUCAGACUGGAUGAGUGACUUGCCACAUGAGCUGUGGGACAGCCAGCUCAUCCAGAAGCUGAACAGCUUUGGCCUGGGUUACAUCCUGCUACUACUUCAGUGCUUCAUCUCUGCUCUGGCCAAUAUCUACAAUGAGAAGAUCCUCAAGGAGGGGGAACAGCUGGCGGAAAGCAUCUUCAUCCAGAACAGCAAGCUAUACCUCUUCGGUCUGAUCUUCAAUAGCCUCACGCUGCUUCUUCACUCUGAUUACCGGGACCUGACGCUGCACUGCGGCCUCCUCUAUGGCCACAAUAUCUUCUCCAUUGCGUUGGCGUUCGUCACCGCCGCUUUGGGUCUGUCGGUGGCUUUCAUCCUGAAGUUUCGGGAUAACAUGUUUCACGUGCUGACGGGCCAGAUCACCACAGUCAUAAUCACAGCGCUGUCUUUCUUCCUCUUUGACUUUCAACCAUCGAUGGAUUUCUUCCUGCAGGCGCCUGUAGUACUGCUAGCCAUCUUUAUCUACCACAGCAGCAGAUUGAAGGAUCCAGAGUACAUUUUGCAAGAGGAGAGGCUCAGGGUCUUCAAUGGCGAAGUCUUUGAAAGGUCAAGAGGGGAUGGAGAAGAGCUGGAGAGACUAACCAAGGACAAUACAGAAAGCGAAUCAGAGGAUAACUCUUUCUAAAUGUGUUUUCUGUACAUUGUUGACAUAUUUUAAAAUAAGCCUUUAUACUGUAUGUAUUAUAAAAACAGAUUAUUUUAUGUAUUAUAAAGAAACAUAUUGCAUAUGGUUAUCAUUAUAUUAUUAUAUUAUAUUGCCAUUAUGAGCAUGUGUAACUUUUGCAAGACAGUAUUUCUGUCAUCAUAUUCUGAAUUAUUUGGUUUCUUCAUUGCUUCAUCAUAAAAGGGACAUGAUGUGAGAGUGUAAUAAGGUAUUUUGAGGAAUUUAUUAGUUUUUUUUUAGUUCUCUUACGGGAGCAUUUGCCUUUACACAAUCACAUUUAAAAAAACAUGGUAAUUGUGCCAUACUACAAAUGCAAGCGUUAUAUAUUUAGAUUCUUGACCAAUCCAUUUCAAUCAUAUCUGCUGAAAUAUUUGCACAGUUAUUAAUUGAGAUUCCCAAACCAUCAAAAAACUGUUUUGCAUCUAGCGGCAAUAUAUCACUGACCAGAAGAGGGGGACAAAACAAAAAAGUCGAGCUUGAUGAAUAGAUAUUAGAUAUUCUUGUAGUGCACAGCUAAAAACGUUGAUUUAUUUAGUCAUUUGGCAGACGCUUUUUUUAUGGACCAGUAUUUAAAAUAUGACUUGUAAAGUUUCCAACAUUCAUUUUCAGGUUGCAGACGUAUGAUGGUAAUAUAACUUUACUGAUAUUAAAGCACAAUUUAAAUGUUUAUAAAUAAGACAUUCAGCAUGUGGCAGUGCUCCUUACAAUAGAGUGACAAAUUUAAACAUGGUUUCACAAAGAAAUAAAGCCAGUUAUGACCUUUAAAAACGAUCACUUAAUAAAAAUCCAAUAAAUACAA